GCACACCCCGUCCGCCCGCUCGCCUGCUUUUUACCGGCGCCGAUUCACACACAGCGCCGCCACCGCCCACUCGCCUCUCGCCAUUCUCAGUCUCACCUUCGCUUCCGUCGCCAUCGCUCGUCCGAAUACGUCCUCGCUUGCACGAGCAAAGCAAGCAACUUGUUCGAUCGUUCUCAAAACUCCGAUCCAUCCGCUGACCGCGCGCCGCCAUGGGGCAGGGCAAGGAGGUGAAGACGCGACCGGACCCCGAGGUGGAGAUCCAGGAGAAGGGCGAGAUCUUCUUCUUCUACCGACCCAAGGUGGGCAAGGACGAGGCGCACGGUCCCGACGACGUGCAGCGCAUGUACAUCGUCCUGCGCCCUGAGUCCGCCGGCGGCGGCGGCCGCACCGUCGAGGAGAAGCAGGCGCCGGACUCCGGCAAGGAAGGCCGCAAGCGCCGCCGGCAGGGAGACGGCGCCCAGGAAGAAAGCGAGGAGAAAGGCGCGGAUGGCGGCCACGGCAAGGAGGAGGUGAACAUCGAGGACCAGCCGUUGCUCCGGCUGGUCGUGAUGGGGAGGAAGAGCCUGCCGGACCCAGCGAAGCACAGCCGCCCGUACUGGGGUUACGUCGAGCUCGUCACCACCAAGGUCGACGACAUCAAGGACGCGCUCAAGGAAGAGGAGUACAGCACGGCGACGCGGGGUAAGCGGCACAGGGCGGCGGCGCGGGCGCUGGGCGAGGGCGUGUACCGCAUCGUGAAGCACGAGUCCGAGUCCGGCUCCGGCGGGCGGCGGCGGAGCCCGCGCCCGCACACCCACCUCGUGUACAAGCUGGAGCUCCCAUCCACCCGCGGCGCCAUGGAGCCGCAGGAGGCGAUGAACGUGGAGCCGGAGGCGUCGUUCCUCGUGCAGGUCAAGAACCCCGACCCGCCCUCCGGCGGCCGCGACGGCGGGUUCCGCGGGCUGCAGAGCAAGCGCCGGGCCGCGUUCCCCGCGCACCUGCAGGACGCGUUCGGGGGUCGGCGGUACGCGCCGGCCGACCCGCCGGACCUGCUCAACUACGAGGGGUGCGAGCUGCUGCUGAUCGCGGCGUCGGACGAUGUGGAGGACGAGCUCGGGCUGCAGCUGGAGGGGGAAGUGGAGGACGGCGAAGGUGAGGGUGUGGAGACUCCGCAGGGCGCGCUGGGGUGCUCCGACCUGGUGAAGAUGUUCGGCGAGGUGGCCGACGUGAAGCCGCUGCUGAGCGGGAGCUGGGACUAGAACGACUGAUCCGCGCACCAGAUGCCAUUGUACAGCGUUCAGGUCGUAGUUGGGUGUUUCAGUUCGCUGCUAGGAGGCUUGUAAAACGUCCGGUACCCUAUAUAUAGACUUUUUUAUCGUCCGCAUC